UUAUAAGCACUGAGUAAAAUGAACUCCAUGACCACAUUCUCCAAACUAGCAACGUUAUUCCUACCCCCAUUGUCUCAGAAGGUAUCGAUCUCCGAAUAUUCGAACACAUGCCCUUGCAGUAUCCUAUACCAACACCGACCCAAUGCUACUAGUACUACUCAAGGCCGUAGGUGACCUACACCGCCAACGAAGGGGAUAAAUCACCCGUCUUCCAUCUCCUGUGCUGCAUUUCCGUAUUCACCGCCAGCGGGGUAGGUCUAUGACUUCCCUUGCGUUUCUCGCUUUUCCCCAAACCCCUUGCGGCAAGAUCUAACCGAGUCUUUCUUGCUUGUGUUGUAGACAGUAGGUUGUGAUCAACUGGUUACCAAUACCAGCACUGCUGUGCUGCGUGGCAUGGUAUAUCUGCAUGUAUAUUACUAUGUUUUGCAUAUCGCCAUGAUCAGCUGAGGUACUGCACCGGCACAUGCAUUGGACCGCUGUCGUGUGCUACUCUCUCCCGUGGGUCAUUGGACUGUUGCCACGGUGGGCUGACUUGCCCACAAAGCAGGCAACAACGCUGGUACAAAGGUCAGCACAGAUCAUCUGCAUGACUCAGACCAUGGACUUCGACAAACACUCGACCUUUCCGAUGCAACCGAUCUUGGAGGAUGAGUUCGGGCCGUUUUCGGACGACGAUGCAUUUGCUUCACGGCGUCCGUCGCUUCUCGAUCCAUCCAGCUCCUCGGACGGAAGUGGAUCUCAGUGGUUGAGCGACUUUGGUGUGUUUGGAGGUCUGAAGUCGCCGGAGAGCAACUGGGAGCUAGUGGUCGACAAUAUCACCCUGAAAAUUCCCGCCUCUAAAGGUUCCUUUCUUGGACACUUUGCUUCUCGCAUUUGGUCCACUAUUUCUGGUCGCACGGGUAAAGGAAGCAGCCACUCCAGUAGAAUAUGGAAUGUGUCCCAGGAUUCAAGUAACCACGAAGAUUCAAUUCAAGGUAGCAAAACAUCGCUGGAACUACAUAGUCACGUUACAAAUAUCUUGCCAGAAGUUCCUGCGCAGGAGGCGAUGCAAGCGGGCGACGAUGGCAACCAGCUAACGAUGAAAGAUUAUCUGUCGCUCGAUGACCUGGAGACCAACAGCGGCGGCGGUAGCAGCAGCAGCAGCGAAGCAGACAUGGCGGAGAGGGAUGCGCUGUACUCCGUGGAUGAUUAUCUGCGCAUGGAGAAGCGUGGUGAUGACUCGGAUUGGCGAGAGGUCGUUCGAGGUUUAUCCUUCAAGCUACGACCAGGGAAGCUGGUGGCCAUUCUCGGAGCAUCCGGCUCUGGUAAGACAUCACUUCUGGACAUCCUGGCUGGACGAACACCGCCACAGUACAAAGUGCAAGGGCAGCUGAGCAUCAAUGGAAGGAGUAUUGCACACCGCUCCAGGGCACUCAAACAAGCUGUUGGAUACGUUAAACAGAUUGUUCACCUUCUUCCCAGCUUGACAGUCGUGGAGACACUCCAGUUCGCCUCACGACUGAGACUGUCCGUCAGCAUGAGCAAAGAAGACAGAAGAAAGCGGGUUCACGAUGUGAUCCAGAUGGUGGGUCUAAGCUCAUGCACACACCGUACGGUAGGUGGUAGCGAGAACAAGAGUCUCUCUGGUGGACAGCAGAGACUACUGGCCAUUGCUCUGCAGCUGCUUCACCAACCGGGUAUACUGGUGUUAGAUGAGCCAACGUCAGGCUUGGACGCCAGCAGUGCUGAACACAUCUGUAGCACACUGCACCGGGCAUGUGUGCACCAAUCCAAAGCCGUGGUGAUGUCCAUUCACCAGCCCGGUCUUGAGAUCGCACGAUACUUUGACCAUGUGUUGAUCAUGUCGGAGGGCUCUGCUGUGUACAAUGGACCGUCACGGAUGCUGAUAUCAUAUUUUGAGUGGCUCGGAUACCCAUUACCAGAGUACAGCAGUCCGUAUGAUUACUAUGCUGACCUAGCAACACCUGAUAGCCGCACGGAUGAGAGAGACGAGGAGACCCGUGAGCGCAUUGCUCAGCUUCUGGCAGCACAGCAAGCCUAUGCAAAGGGGCUCUGGCUACUUCCUGGAGAACUGGAUAUUGCGCCAAAGAUACCUUCCUUCGUGAUGCAGUACCCGAUAACCAACUUCAGAGUACCGUCAAGAGAAGAUGUGCGGCCUCGGAUACAGCGGCGACACUCCAAUUUCACGUUACUGUCUGCAAUGUCUGAGAAAUCAAUUCUGCCCGGAGAGCCUGACCAGCUGAACUGCAGUGGGCUGCUGAAAUUCUGGAUUCUUCUUGGACGGUGUAUGAAAGAUGAAGUGCGUGGAUACCGGGAUUUCCUGACAAGAAUGCUCCAAGCUGUCAUUCUCUCCGCUCUUCUCGGAAUGGUGUUCUUCCAGUUGGGGACAGGAGCUGCGGACGUGCAAAAUCGCAAAGCUCUCCUCUUCAUCUCACUGUCUCUGUAUCCAUUCAUGAGUGUCUUUGAGACAAUAGCAAAAGUGUCCAGCCAGCAAGCUCUAAUCCAGCAUGACAUCAGAGAAGGUCUCCACACCUACGCUCAGUACAUUGCAGCUGGUACAAUUUCACACGUGCCUGCUAGUGUGUUGCUCUGCGCGGUAUUCGCCAUUCCACAACGACUUAUGGCAUCACAGAGCUCAGCGAUGCUGGCCUGGGUGGCAUACAUCAUGUUGCUGUUGCUCCACUUGCUUACCUCACAAAUGAUGGCCCUGAGCACCUUGGUAUUCACUCAGUCCCCCGAGUAUGCAGCUUUGAUAGCCAACCUUAUCUACACAGGCUGGAUAAUGGUGUCGGGAUACGUCAUCAACAUCAAUGACCUGAGUACUUGGAUUAGGUGGAUGACAUGGACCAGCCCGCUCAGGUAUGCAUACCAGGGGACUGUUAUCACCGAACUGGACGGCGUGAUGUUCCAGCACUCCACGUUGAAUGUGGGGGGAAAUGCUACAGCGACGAGGGCACUGCGACACACGACCAGCGGUUCGCAGCACCUUGCCUCGCUGACGUUCGGCUCCUUGUCACUGAGCCAGUGCAGUGCACUGCUGUGCGCACUCUGGGCAUGCUCACUGUGCUCUGUGUUCAUCGCUGUGAGAGUGAGACGAACGGCCGUAUGACCUAGCCAGACGAGUAACCAUGGUUUCUGUGGUGCGGCCUAUCAGCAUUGACGGACCCGUGAGCAAGUAGAUCCGGAGCAAAGCUGAUGCCAUUCUCUUAUGCUUAGAAGUUAGAAGUGCUGAGUUACAGUCAGUGGACCUGAGUGAUUACUAGUUUGUAACAAGCAUCUUAUACCAAUCACAGAACAUGAUAUCACUGACCUGACACAACAACAAAAAGCAAAGUGGUUACCAGUAGAUCUACAUGUGUGUGGAGAAACACGUGUUGUUACGGCACCGUUCUCAACCUUAAUUUUGAAUCACCAGGCUGUUAGUAUCAUGUAACUCACAAUUCCGGCCCUUGAGCAGCUCCAAAAGUUCCUUUCCUGGAAUCCGGCUAUGAAUUGGCUGUUGUGUGAAUGCCAUGAGCACUACAUCGGCAUUGAGAGAUGCUGGAAGCGGGUUUUUUUUGUUUUUUUGUUUUUUUUUGUUUUGUUUUUGUUCUCAUGCAACUGCAAACCAGUCAUGUCAAGGGUCUGGUGCGGCAAACCUCACCACUCAUAACCUGAUAUAUAAUACCGGUAUAGGAGUAGCGAAAAUCGGACGGCAUUGUACACAGUGAAAAUUCAGUAAAAAGUACUCCGGAUAUAAUCAAGAGGCUAUGUACAUGUACUCUUGAUAUAACACUAUGGGAUAUGAACUAUGAAGCACAAAUUUUGAGGACCCAUAUAGUGCUCUACCAGUUAUUUGACCUUGGUUAUACAGUGCAUUGGUUGUAAAGUAAGGACUUGGCAUGGUCCUUUGAGGUACGUUACAUUGAAGUUUCCCUAUAAUGAUUACUGUGGAGUACCGGACCAGUGUUCGAGUCUGCCUUGUUCGUUCUGCCAAUGUGUCAUGCAAGAAAUGUCUUCUCCCUGCAUAAUCGGAACGUUUUUGCAAAUUGUCUGUCCAUGUGAAAAUGGGUUGCCCAUCUUGUGUAGCUUUCCACUACGUGGUUCGCGGCUGUAGUUAUUAUGGUGGGAGAUCUGCGCCAAGCCAAUGCUGGAUUGCUCGGGAGCCUAGAUAAGACGCUCUGCAGAGCCUGCGAGCCAUUGCCUAUGACAGACCCGCAUGGCGUGGUCUAUGCAUGAAGAUCUGUGCAUUGUGAUAUUCCGACAGAUCCUGAAACAGUCAAACCCAGGAAAUAGCACUUUUAUUAUCACUCGGGCUGCAAUAUUCAUAAUUAUAGACAUAUUCAUAAAUGACAUAUCUUCAAUACCCAUGAGCUACAUUGUAUAUACUUGUAUUAUGAUAUAAUUAUCAUAAUUAUAUCAUCAUUCUAGCUCAAUUUUUUCCCCUGUCAUAGUCCUGUUUAUCAUGUUCAGCAUAAGCGAAGUUUUGAAUCAUGCUUGCAUGGU